GAGCCCUGCAGAGCCUGGCCUGGGCAGGGGGGCAGAGGGGGAGCCCUUCUUGGAGAGAUGAGGCCAUUGUGGGAGGACGGGCUUGUAGUCACCACUCAGACAGGCGGCGCUGGGAUCUUGGUGUUUCGAUCUGAGCUAACUGAGAUUUAGCCACGAAGCUGCAGUGGAAGGAAGACGGGCAGAGAGCCCGUGGGCCUGGACUCCAGGGGUUUCAUUUUCCACAAGACUGGGCAGGCCUCAGGUCCCCUGGUCCUCUGAGAUGGUGAGAUGGCUGCGGCAGCGGUGGCCGGACUGAUCCCCGUCUUACACUCGGUGGCUGGUGACAAGUCGGGCUACUACAUCGGCCGGCAGCUGUGGUUCGGCUUCAUUGCCGUGUACGGGGUGGUGGUGUACGUGGUCCGCAUGCCCUGGGCCUCCAUCCACAAUGACUUCUGGUGCCACGGCAACAUCACCUACCCAUGCCUGAUCGAGUGCUUUGAGAAACGUUUCAGCAGCCCUGUGGUGGGCAUCUGGUACUUCUUCUUCUUCAUCUUCCUGGCCUUCUUCUUCCUCAUGGAGUUCUUCAUGGCGCAGAUCCGGCACAAGCAGACUAAGACCAAGGCCGUGGAGACCGUGGCGGACGAGGUGGAGGAAGGAUCCAUGGUGGGGAUCCAGGAGCAUGUCACCACGCCCAAAAAGUCCAUCCUCAACUUCCACCAGGAGAAGAUGCUGCUUCUGCUCUACCUGCUGUACUUCCUCCUGCAGGUGGGCACCCAGGGGGUCUUCCUCUUCCUGCUCAUCUACCACCACCUGCCUCUGGUCAGCCAGCCUGUCAUUGACUGCAGGAACAGCCUGUGUCCCGGCUCCUAUGUCUGCCUUAUCAGGGGGACCAUGGAGAAGCAGAUGUCCAUUUACACCCUCAUCACCUUGUCCUCCAUGAUCAUCCUCUUCUGCCUUGGCUUCUUCAUCUACAGCAUCCACCACUACCUGCUCAAGGGGCUCUCCAGUGUCAAGUUCUGGGUUGGCUGAUGUCUGCGGAUCUGAACUGAGAGCAUCCCUCACUCUUCACACCAGGACGAAGCUGUGCCCCCAAAUAAGGCUGGGGCUCACUCCCUUCUUUGUUUUUCCCUUUCGUACAAUAAACACAAACUGUUUCUAGUCA